ACAGGGUGCCGCGGCCGCAGCACUGGAUGGAAGGUUGGAUUGAGCGCCUCUCCUCUUCUCCCUCUCCUCUCUCUCGUUCUUUUUUUUUUUACCGGGACAGCACGAGACCUGAACGGGACACGAACGGGACCCGAGGCAGCGUGAGAGAGAAGAAGAGCCAGGGGACACUGAGGAAUAGAAGACCCCGGACACAGAAUAUCAGCGGAACAGUUAAAGACCGCGGAAUUAAAGGACUGUGGACACCCGCCAGUCAAGACUGAAAGAGACCUGAAAGAGACCGCAGCUCUCUCUCCCUAUCUUUUGAUCUCUUCUCUUUAUUUCUCUCUCAGUCCCGCUCCCUCUCUAAUGGGAGUAACUUAGAACACGCUGUUCCAUCUCACGCCCCCGCCCCCCUCCCUGUGUUUCUGUGGUGAUGGAAGCGCCCAGCAGGAAGUGAUGUCGUGGAAGAGGAACUACUUUGCGUCGGGCGGUGGCAGCGGGAGUCCCGGUGGAGGGCUACAGGGCCUGAUCACGACUCCGCGGACUAUGGCCUCCUUCGCCCCGAGUAAAGGCCUGAGCAAUGAACCUGGACAGAACAGCUGCUUUUUAAACAGUGCCCUGCAGGUUCUGUGGCAUCUGGAUAUCUUCCGUAGAAGUUUCCGCCAGCUGACCACUCACAAGUGUAUGGAAGACUCUUGCAUCUUCUGUGCCCUCAAGAGUAUCUUUGCCCAGUUCCAGUUCAGCAGUGAGCGUGUGUUACCGUCGGACGUGUUGCGGAGUGCGCUGGCCAAGACCUUCCAGGACGAACAGCGUUUCCAGCUGGGGAUCAUGGACGACGCAGCAGAAUGCUUCGAGAACCUACUGAUGCGUAUCCAUUUCCACAUCAGCGCCGAGACCAGAGAGGACAUCUGUACAGCUAAACACUGUAUACCACACCAGAAGUUUGCCAUGACGCUGUUCGAACAGUGUGUGUGUAAUAGUUGUGGAGCCUCGUCGGACCCCCUCCCCUUCAUUCAGAUGGUUCACUACAUCUCGACCACGUCCCUCUGUAACCAGGCGGUGAGGAUGUUAGAGUGCAGAGAGAAGCCCACCCCCGACAUGUUUGGAGAGCUGCUCCGUAACGCCAGCAACAUGGGAGACCUACGCAACUGCCCAAGUAACUGUGGGGAGGUGUUGCGUAUCCGCCGUGUGUUGAUGAACUCUCCAGAGAUAGUGUCCAUCGGCCUGGUGUGGGACUCAGACCACUCUGAUCUGGCUGAGGACGUCAUUCACAGCCUGGGCACCUGUCUACGCCUGGGGGAUGAGAUGCCCAAUGGCGCGGGGAGUUUCUGGUGUCUGACGGGGGUGAAGCUGACUUCAGACCACUUAAGACAGUGGUCUUCAAACCACUGA